AUGAAUGAAAGUGAGGGCGAACAAGAGUGUGGUGUUUCGACGCCAAAGAAGAAACGCGUUGAAAGAGGCGAUUUAAAAGUGAAGAAAAAACAUAGACAACAAAAAUACGGAGUCGAAUGGGAGAGUGAUCCAAAAUUUAGUAAGUGGCUUACUCGUGAUCCUCAAGAUAAUUUCAAAUCACGAUGUAAAUUCAACAUGGCUGAUGAUUUAAGAAAUUACAAAUUACAAUUGCAGCAGGUUGAAGCGGCGUUGCUGACUGAUCCCCAAAAUGAGGAAUUAUUAAAACUUAAAGCAGAUUUGGAAGAAGUAAUAGAAUUGACACGCGAUCUAAUAAAAUCUCAAGAGGGUGAUUCCAAAAGUAAUAUUCAUAGUUCUAGUAAUGAUGAUGAUGUUACAGCUUCGCUGCCGACCACGGACGACGGAGUUGUUGGCGAGUCUCUACCCAAGUGGCGGAUUGGCGAGAAAUGUUCAGCUAAAUGGAAGGCAGAUGGCAUGUUUUAUGAUGCAACUAUUGAAGAGAUUGGAGAAAAUAGUCUCAAAGUAAAAUUUGAUGGAUAUUCUUCUUUAGAAACGGUUACAAUUUUGGAUGUCAAAUCUUUGAGUUCAGGGACAAAAAGACCAUCCAGUGGAGAUGAAAGCAAACCUGGCAAAGGCUAUAAUAGGGAGUAUUUGAAAAAGAAAAAACAGAAAAAGCAACAAAGAUUUAAGCAGAUUGAAGAAGAAAGAGAAUCAGAAAAAAAUAAAUGGCUCUCAUUUCAUACAAAAGCAUCUAGAAAACCUGGAGUCAGAAACAAAAGUAUAUUUGCUUCCCCUGAUAAUUUAACUGGCCGAGUUGGAAUAGGUACAUGUGGUAUAUCUGGCAAGCCUAUGACUGAAUAUACACCUGGUGAAAAGUGGAAAAAAGGAGGA